CCCCAGCUCCGCCUGGCUCCCGGAAGUGGUGGCUGGUGGCGCGCGCAGGCUUGGUUCAGGUUGGGGGUUCGAUGCCCGCCGGGUGCCGCUUGCCCCCAUGUCCCAGGCCGGUCCGGGCGCGGUGGCCGCGCUGGAGCCCCCGGCGGUGGCGACGCUGAAGCGGGCGGUGGAGCUGGACUCGGCGUCCCGCUUCCAGGAGUCGCUGGUGUGUUACCAGGAGGGGAUUGACCUGCUGCUGCAGGUGCUGAAAGCUACAAAAGAUGAAACAAAAAAAGCUCAUUACAGACAAAAAAUACCUGAAUACAUGAAGAGAGCUGAAGCUAUUAAAAAACAUAUUGAAAAAGAAAGAGAAGAUGGUAAAUACCACCAGCAAAUUAAAAUUGAAGAAAAUUCAACUGGUUUCAGCUAUGAGAAGGUUUUCCAAGACUACCUUAAUGAGACCGUUACAGAAGUUUGGGUAGAGGACCCAUACAUCAGACAUGUUCACCAGUUCUACAACUUCUUAAGAUUCUGUGAGAUGCUUGUUAAGGGGCCCUGCAGAGUGAAAACUAUCCACCUCCUAACUUCCUAUGAUGAAGGUAGUGGAAAGAGUCAACAGACAAGUAGCCUAGAAGAAAUAAAGCAAUCACUAAAGAACUAUGGAGUAACACUGAAUGUCUCAUUUUCAUCUUCAAUUCAUGAUCGAGAAAUAAGAUUCAACAAUGGAUGGAUGAUUAAGAUUGGAAGAGGGCUUGAUUAUUUUAAGAAACCACAGGUAGGUGUGUAUUUUCUUUUGAAUGAAUUUGAACUACAACAUGGCUUAUUCUAAAAUUGUGUUCCUUUUUGCAGGGUCGUUUUUGCCUUGGAUACUGUGACUUUGAUUUGAGACCAUGUCAUGAAACAACAGUGGAUGUCUUUCAUACUAAACAUACAAAGAAAACAUGACCAAAUAUUUCCGUUAUUUAAUUACUGCUCUUACAACCUUUAAAUGCCUGCUUUUAAAUUUCUCUCAAUUACAUGUAGUGUACACUUUUUAUGGAAUAAACUAUAUUUUUUUAUAUUUUU